GAUAUAAAAUGUUCGCGAGCCACUAUUCGCUAACAGUAUUCGUGAGUUGUUCGUCGCUUCGAUAUCUACUGAAAUGAGAUUUUUGAAUCUUACUCUGCUAUUUGUGGCAGUCUUCACUGCUGUUUUAUCGUCAGCAUCAAAACCAGACAUCCGUUGCAGCCCUUUGGGAGGAAGAUGCCGACUUACUGAAGAUUGUUGUGACCAUCUUGCUUGUCUCUUUUACUUAGCAAGAUGCGUGCAAGCUCUAUAAUGUAUUCCAGGAUUGUAUAAAAAACUUGGAAAUGAAUCAUUUCUUUUUGGUUAUCCAAGUAAUACUUGACUUAACGUCAAUUUCAUAUAUUUUUGUACUGUCAGUUCGCUUGUUUAUAAAGCAAAACAUUACUAAAUUAAAUUAAUAUAAUAAAUAUGUA